AUGGGCCGGAGGAGCGUGCGCCAUGUCAGCGGUGAUGAGCACGCUGUCGAUGAUAAGCGGCGGGCGGCGCGCACACCGCAAGCUCGCGCCCAGCAGCCGCAAGUCGGGCCAGUACUCGGACGCGGGCGAGGACCGCGCGCGCUCGCACCAUGACCUCAACAAGCAGCAGCGCUCCGCCAGCCUGCAAACGCUUGAGGCGGGCGGGGGUGCGGGCGGAGGCGCGGGCGGCGGCGGGGGCGGAGUCGUCAACCUCGAGAAUCUGGAAGCCAAGAUGGCGAGUAUCGAGGUGUCGCUAUCAGGGUCUCGCCGACGCAGCGCAGGCGCACGUGACGUCUCCCGGGAGCUGGACGCUCUUCGCAGCGCGCUCAGCGACAAGGACACGCUCAUACAGAACCUCAAGAAACAGCUGAGCGCUUCGUUGAGCGCGGCGAGGCUAGCAGCUCAGAGCGCGUCGCCCACCGCCUCCCGCGCCAGCUCACACGACGAGGGCCCCACCCUAUCGGCGGACGAGCGGCGCGCACUCGAGGAGCGAGCCGCGGGCGUCAGGAAGGACCUGGAGACGAGGCGCAACAACAUACAGGAGCUGCGACGGAGGCUGGAUAACACGCAUGUUACCGACAACAUAGACACACGCAUCCAGCAAGCAGAGUUGCAGUACAAGCUAGGACGAGAGGAGCUGGAGUUGCUGACACUGGGCGAGCAGGCGCGCGCGCUGCAGCACCUCAUCGACAGCGCAGCCGCCGCCGCACACCGAACCUCCACGUACACGCUCUACAGCACAGUGCGAGAAUGCGGCGGUAGCGCGAUGUUAGUGGCGACGGAAGCUCGCGAGGGUACCUGGGGCGCAGUACCUAGAGGAGCCGGCAUGACCGUCGAGUGGACUGGAGACAACCCUGCCAUCAGGUCUUGUGACAGGCUGGUGGAGGUGAACGGAACGUCGGUGGUAUCCUGUCGCAGUCAGGAGGAGCUGCAGCGCGCGGUCAGCUCGGCGUCGCCAGCACGUCUCGUGCUGUUACGGAGUUCCUCGCAAACGCAGCAGUCGGUGCCAGCACCACCUUCCACUUUUACGCAGAACGAAGCAGCAUCACUACGAGCAGAACUUGGAGCGCUAAGGUCAGCUGCUGACGAAGCGGAAAAAGCCAAGGAAGGCCUCAGGACAGACAACACGAGGCUGACGCAUCGAAUAUCUUAUCUAGAGGAGCAGGUCGCUGAAUUACUCGCCAGGCAUGCACCGCUUCAGCAAGCCAGCAGUAACGACAGCUGUAUCACCGUAAACAAAACCAAGAAGAACGUAACCAACAUCAACAUCACCACAGAACCCACUGGCAACAGUAAAAGUCCUAAAUCAGAAGUGCAGGUGUUCCAAAAAGGGCCAGAUAUCACUGCGAUUGUCGCUAAAUUACCUGGUCUAGACGGAGCAGAAUCUAACUUGCCGUUGAUGAGGCCAAGGUCAAAUGCUUCUGGAGCGUCUUCCAGACCACCUUUGUCCCCCAGAGCAUCCCCACCACCAAACCAUAGAUCACACAGCUCCCACAGUCUCGAACACAGAGCGGGUAGGAUGCGCCACUCUGUCUCCCACCACUGUAUCCAUGGAGGAAUUGAUUACAGUGCAGAGACCGACGCUGCAAUUCGCAUGAUUGAGAGGAACCAAAGACACUUAGAAAAGCAACGAAUAAAAGCAGAAAGGCUUAGCAGGUCCCGGGAAGACUACUUCAGAUCUGACAGCGAUGUGGACGUGAGAGAUUCACACUCCUCUUGUGACCCUCGGCAUUAUGAUAUAAAAAAGGCAGCUGAUAGAAUAGAGGAAAGCAUCAAAAAGACCAACUGGGCUGAGAGAAAGACUUUAUCCAUCAUCGAGCAAUUGAAACGGUCACAACGCAUGCGCAAAAUGAAAAAGAACGAGAGCACUGAAGAUGUACAAUUAGAAUCCGAGAAGCACUACAUGUACAAUCGAAUAGACGGGAAAAUACUUGAGAACGCGCAUAAAUCCAGCAGAAGAACGUCAAAGUUGCACUCGAGGAGCGCCAAAUCUUCCGAAUUUGAGUCAGAAUGUUCAGAUUUUCCCAACGGAGAUAUUUACAGUAGUUCGCCUCGAAUAGACUGUGGUUCCGAGACUUGUUCUAGGAUGAGCCACUACAAGAAAAAUGAGGAUGUUAAGAACGAUGUGAAGUCACGACCGACACCUCCGCGGAAGCCGCUGCGCCUGUCUCUACAUAAAGCUCGUAGCGCUCACUCCCUAAUGAACGGGAGCGAAUCGGAAACACCGAGCCGACCACCAUCGGAAGCCAAACCGGACGGCCAGGAGUGUAACAAAAGAGCUGUAAAGAGAACAUACGGUAGCGAUAAAUGGGCGAAAGAAAGGAUGCGGGAUGCCAGUCGAGCGACACCCAGGCCGACGCGCAAGAUUCUUAAUGGUCUGACGGCUCGCGAUGCUCCAGCGGCUGAUGACUUGUACCCAGAGGACUCACACAUGGCCUUGAGGGUAAACGGGGUCACUCGUGGUAGUAAAUGGUGCUGAAACUUGCCACUAGCCUCAGCCCUGUAAUUCAAGUAGUGAUUCUUCUUUAAAAAAAACUGAGGAAAGUCGAGGCAUUGUUGAUCAAAAAGAUGUAGUCAGUAUCAAAAAUAAUGUUAAACCUUGAUAACAAGAAGUUUAAAUUACUGAGGCUAAAUUCCUCAAACCAGGAUGACCCUUUUAUUAUACAAUGAAUGAAGUCAUGUAUGGAAUUCCAACCAAUCUCUGAUCCCAAAUAUUAUUGCUUGUAUCACACCGUGGUAACUAAGAAAUGAAACAUGCAGCAAGAACCCGUUAGACUACAUCGGACUAGCAUAGUGAGUUAACAAGCCAACCCGAAAUACGAGAAGAUUGGACUCUUAGCACAAUGUAAGGAAAAUAGGUCUUGUCCAGUCUUAGAUUAGAAAGAAACUCAUCAAGAUUCACCUAAACCAACCUGACCUUUACCCUACAAUGUGACCAGAAUAACUUACUACCUUAUUCCUGUCAUUUGCGGGUUACAAUAGUUACAUGUUACCUUCAUGUAGUUUUAUAACCCGUCACCUUUCUACAAUUCGUUUGUCUUCAGUGUUUACCCUGUAGUAUUGUAGAUACACUGCAAGCACCCACCGUACUCAUCUAUAUAUUGUAAUAUAUAAUGACGUUUGUAUCACUAGGAUAAUGAUAUUUAAGUGGAAUAAAAAUUAUAAUGGA